AUUCUGCAGCUCGCUUGCAACAAGAGUCCUCACACUGGGACGCAAACUGGGAGAGUCACUCUGCUGCUCCUCCUCUGUGUAAACAGCCACCACCAGUGGGACUUUGACAGAAACCAGAAGACAGCGGGACACUGGGGUUGCUGUCGGCCCGGAGACACCAGCAUGGACACGCCGGGUCCUGGAGGCCGAGAUCACAGGAUUGCCGCUCUGAGGAGAGGAAGCUACGAUGACGCUGCAACUUCUCUGCGCCCUCACCUCCGCAGUCUGGCUCAAAGGCGACGCUCCGCCCCGUCACUGGCUUUUGGGAAGGCCCUGGGGAUGCCGUGGUCUCCGAUCAGGGAGGAGGCCCCCUGCUGGGUCACCGUGGAGCAGAGCCCGUUUGUCCUCGGCCUCAGCAGUGAGAAUGGAGAGCUGCUGCUGGAUGAAUGCGUUCAGGUCACCGAGGGCACAAAGACCAUGGAGAGACACCUCUUCCUUUUCAGCGACGUCAUCGUCUUUGCUAAACUGAAGUCGACUGCCAGCUACCGCCUGAAGCACAGAGUGAGUCUGGAGGACGUGUGGCUUUACGGUUUUGAUGACGAGCCGGACGAGGAGGACGGAGUGGCAGACGUUGACCUCAAGCUGACCCUCCUCUUGGCGUGGGCUCUCAAUUUCUGCAUGGUGUCAUUCCGCUCGCCUGAGGUGAAAGAACGCUGGUUGGAUACUCUUCACAGGAAAAUUAAAGAAGCAAAACAGAGAGCUGGUUGUGCUUCUCCACCUCCAGGCGUCCUCAUGAAGGUGUUGAGUGGCAGCAUCACAAGUAAAACUCUAACAGGUGGUGGCAUGGAAACUUUCAUUGAGUCUCCACUUGAUGGCGACGCAAAGAUCUCUGCCCAGCCUAAGCAGUUGUAUAACCAAGAGGACAGGUUGUCACAGCCGAUUGAAAAUAACAGCAAGUGGAACCUGGUGAGGAGGCUGAGGAGAGGAUCUGGGCGAACCAAGACCCAGCUGUUUGGACAGCCACUCUGCAAGAUCUGCCCAGACAACUCCUCUCUACCCAAACCACUCACAGAGAUACUGGUGUUGCUGUGGAAGAAGGGCCCGUCCACAGAGGGAGUGUUUCGGAAGCCCUGCCACAACAAGAACAUGCGCACCAUCCGAGAGCAGCUCAACAGCGGCCUGGAGGUGGACAUGGAGAGCCUGCCUGUCGUCCUUCUAGUGGGCCUCCUCAAAAGUUUUCUGAAGGAACUUCCUGGCAGCUUGCUGGUGUCUGAACUUUAUGACAACUGGAUGAAGGCUCUGGAUAAUGAAGACACCCAGCAGAGGGCUUUGGAAGUCAAGAGGGUGGUAGACAUGCUACCGGGGCUCAACAAACUCCUCCUGCAGUAUCUGCUGAGCGUCCUCCACCGAAUCCUUGAGAAUGAGGAUGCUACUAAAAUGAAUGCCCACAACCUGGCGGUGUGUAUCGCGCCCACGCUGCUGCAGCUGGACAGCACCCCUUUGGAUGAGCAGCACGAUCAGAUGAAGAAGGUGACAGUGCUAACCGAGUUCCUCAUUGAGCACUCUGAGAUAGUUGGAGAGAAUAUCCCGAAUCUCCUGGAUACUGAUGAGGAUAACUCAGACUCCCUGUCCUCACAGCAGCAUGACUCUGCAUACGACAGCACCGACCCAGACGCAGAUGGAGAUCCAGGAGAGUGCACGGGCUCCACACAGGAAGGGAGCUGGUCGUCUCCCUCUCUCCUCCACUCCUGCAAAGCCAUCCCCUCUUGGCCCUCUGAUGCCAUAUUCCAAACUUUCGCAAAACCUUCAUUCAACCGCCGCUGCUCCGAGCCCAUCAUCCUCCACUCGGCUGAGAUGAGGAGGCUGUGCGGCGCGGCCAGGAGUCACGACGACUGCUCGCUGGAGGGGAGGGACUUUGAGGAGCAGCCUCUCAAAAAGCAGAUCUCUGAUGACUCCUUCUUACUUGGAGGACGAGGCAGAGCCACACCAUCUCUGUCGUUCCCAAAACUCGGCAUGGAUCCUGUGACCCACAUUGCAUGUAAUCACUUCAAGGACUGCACAUGCUCCUCCUCCUGCUCUCUGGAGAGUGCUGCCUCCAACCAAUCAGAGGGCUCCGUUUUCACCAGUUCCCCAGUGGUGUCACCAACCUGUCCCCGCAGGGCCCACUCCAUCCACCAGGCCCCGGCGGGUGCCAAGCUCCGACAGGAUAUUGUCAGAACAGAUUCCAAUGGGAAGAAGCGCUCGCAGUCCAUGAAGCUUGAAGGCAAGCUGCCAGUGAGGACCAAGAGCCUGGGUUCCUUCUCCUUUACCAGGGGCAGCCUGAAGAAAGGGGACCCCCAGAAAGAAAACCCCUUCCCCUGUGAAACUCUCCAAGAAGACUCCCAGAGUGAGGCAGAGCUGCCAGCCGAGCCUCUGCACAAGCCCCGGCCUCUGUCAGCCAUCGAGGUUUUCCAGCAGGUGGACUCCAGGCUGCCCUGCAGGCCUCCGACCUAUGAGCAGGCCGUUCAGAAUACAGGCCUGCCUCCUCUUUACGGCUCCAUGACAGUAAAAGAUGCCAUAGAAAGGAGGUCUCGGCCGGCCUCUGUGAAUUAUGACUUCCCUGCUACAUGUCCAGUCAAUCAAUACGCAGACUGUUUCGCUCAGGCGGCAGAGGGUACAGCCGGCACUGUUGACCGGCGUCUCCCUUUCCGCCAGAGGGCCAUGUCUGAGUCUGUGUCCAGAUCCCAUCGGGAUGGGUUGUCACGGAGAUGUAGCCAGCCAAUGUUUGAGGAGUAUUCUUAUGCCAAGGAGUCUUAUGUCUGAUUGGCUUUGGGACUUAACGAUUGAGAGAGAGAUGAGAUUGGAGUUUCAGUCACACAAACAUUUUAGAGCUGUUGUGGAAACAGAAAUAAUCCUGUUGGUUGAGUUAAACCUCCAAGGAACCUUUUUUUUGGAGGGGCAAGUUACUUGGUUACUUGGCAAACUUGAAUGGCAAAAGAAGGGACUCUGGUCAAAUUAAAAAUACGCAUUUAAAUAGCAGUAGCUUCUUUUUUCAUUCAUCAUAACAAUGACACUUAUAAUCUAGAAAGCAGAUAAGAUAACUAGCUUUCGUAAAUAGCUAUGUGAAAGCUUGCUGUGGAGCUUGCUAUGUAAAAUAUUAGAUUAGCACGGCUUGGUGGCAUUUCUUCAAUUAGUAGCAGUAGUGCAAUGGUUCAUCAUAUUAGCAUUCUUCCCUCUUUGCCCUUGCUGUUUUCACUGGGGUUCCGUCUAACCUUACUUGCCAGAAAAUAAUAUGGUUCUCUGGCUCCGCCCACUAAUGUUUAACUCAACCAAUGAGAUUAUGUCUGCCUCCAAGGCUGCCCCGCCUCUAAGAAAGGUGUGUACACUUUAAAGUCCAAUCUAGCCAAUGUUUCACUCUUUCACUUUGAAUGUACGCCCGCUGUGUGCAACCAUUAUCGGUUGGACUUUCGCAGUAGUACUGUUUAGAGUACGGGAAUAUAAAAACAAUUAGUCACCAGGAUAGAUAUUUAGUCUAUCACAAAGAAGCUAUGUAAACACAACUUCUGAAAAUAUGCUAUGAAUUUUAAUUUUCUCUUGUUCACCGUUUGUUGUUUGUUGUCAGAGAUUUUAUUUGCUUAGUGAAAUGUACAGUAUAGUAGAUGAAUAUCUGAGCACAUGUUUGUUUUAGCUUUUUGUAAAUACUUUUUUUUUGUCUUUUCCUUGCAUCGUUCUUUACUUCCACUACAGCACCUUUUUGAUGAACCAUGUUUUGUUUGUUUUCUCCUGUUGAAUAAAUUCCAACAGAUAAAGCUGAGUAA